AUGCAGCGUGAGCUCCUGUUUAAAGUGUUGGUGAUUGGCGACCUGGGCGUGGGCAAGACGUCCAUCAUCAAGCGCUACGUGCACCACAUCUUCUCACAGCACUAUCGUGCCACUAUCGGUGUCGACUUCGCUCUCAAGGUGCUCCAGUGGGACCGGGACACUGUCAUCCGACUGCAGCUCUGGGACAUUGCCGGACAGGAGCGCUAUGGCAACAUGACGCGGGUCUACUACCGGGAGGCGGUGGGAGCGCUGGUGGUCUUUGACAGCACGCGGGCGUCCACAUUUGACGCCGUGCUCAAGUGGAAGGACGACCUGGAUUCCAAGGUGACACUGAACCACGGGAGACCCGUUCCCGCCGUCCUAUUAGCCAACAAGGCUGACCAAGUAGCGUGCCCGCAGACCAGGCUGGAUGCCUUCUGCAGAGACAACGGCUUCGUCGGCUGGUUCCAGACCUCUGCCAAGGAAAACAGCAACAUCGAGGAGGCUGCUCACUGUCUGGUGGAGCACAUCCUGAGCAACGAGGAGAGUCACCCAAACGAGCGAGAGCCCGCCACCCUGGUCCUCUCGGGGUAUGCCAAUGCCACCAAGGAGCACCUCGGCUGCUUGUCAUGUCCCAAAUGAUGAGUCCUGGCCUGGCCAAUCACAGAUAAGCAGGAAGUGGACACAGAAUGUGAACGAUAACAGUUCGACAAAUAUUCAACUAUAAAUGAUCAUUCAAGUGAAUGCUUUUGAAUAUGGAACAUGUCUGCCUUUGUCUUAAGUUAUAUAAAAGACCUCUUUCAUAAUGAGAGGAAUUGACUCUAUUAAACUUGUAUUAAUGGCA